CUCCCCGGACGUCGUGUACCGGUGGCUAGACUGCGCAUGCGUUUCCGUGGCGUUAGCAUCGGACCCGGCUGGCAGUUCCUUCCUCGGAAGGAGAGAUUCCUCUGCUAUGGAGUCCUACGAUGUGAUCGCCAACCAGCCUGUUGUGAUCGACAACGGAUCCGGUGUGAUUAAGGCUGGUUUUGCUGGUGAUCAGAUCCCCAAAUACUGCUUUCCAAACUAUGUGGGCAGACCCAAGCAUGUUCGUGUCAUGGCAGGAGCCCUUGAAGGCGACAUCUUCAUUGGCCCCAAAGCUGAGGAGCACCGGGGGCUGCUGUCCAUUCGCUACCCCAUGGAGCAUGGCAUUGUCAAGGACUGGAAUGACAUGGAGCGCAUCUGGCAAUAUGUUUAUUCAAAGGACCAGCUGCAGACUUUCUCAGAAGAGCAUCCUGUGCUCCUCACUGAGGCACCUCUAAAUCCAAGGAAAAACCGAGAACGAGCUGCUGAAGUGUUCUUUGAGACCUUCAAUGUGCCAGCUCUUUUCAUCUCCAUGCAAGCUGUGCUUAGCCUUUAUGCCACAGGCAGGACCACAGGUGUUGUGCUGGAUUCUGGGGAUGGUGUCACCCAUGCAGUGCCUAUUUAUGAGGGCUUUGCCAUGCCUCACUCAAUCAUGCGCAUUGACAUCGCUGGCCGAGAUGUCUCUCGCUUCCUCCGCCUCUACCUGCGUAAGGAGGGCUAUGAUUUCCAUUCAUCCUCUGAAUUCGAGAUUGUGAAGGCCAUAAAAGAAAGAGCCUGCUACCUGUCCAUAAACCCUCAGAAGGAUGAGACGCUAGAGACUGAGAAGGCCCAGUACUACCUACCAGAUGGCAGCACCAUUGAGAUUGGUCCCUCCCGAUUCCGAGCUCCUGAGCUACUGUUCAGGCCAGACCUGAUUGGUGAGGAAAGCGAAGGCAUCCAUGAGGUUUUGGUAUUUGCCAUCCAGAAGUCGGACAUGGAUCUGCGGCGCACACUUUUCUCCAACAUUGUCCUUUCUGGGGGCUCCACCCUGUUCAAAGGUUUUGGAGACAGACUACUGAGUGAAGUGAAGAAACUAGCUCCAAAAGACGUGAAGAUCAGGAUAUCUGCACCCCAGGAGAGACUGUAUUCUACAUGGAUUGGGGGCUCUAUCCUCGCCUCCCUGGACACCUUUAAGAAGAUGUGGGUCUCCAAGAAGGAGUAUGAAGAAGAUGGUGCCCGAUCCAUCCAUAGGAAAACCUUCUAAUGUUGAGACAUCUUCACCUCUCUCUGAAGUUAACUCCACGUUAAAACUCGCUUUCUUGAGACGGAGUGUUUGGGAGGAACUGCCUGUGUGUGUGAGUGCGUGUGUGGAUACGAGUGUGUGAACAUAAUGUGAGUGCCGUGUGGCCCAGGGAUCCUCAGGCCCAGAAAGGACGAUGAACUACCAUGAUGGCGACGGCCUCAGGCCUGGGGUUGACCACUACCUGGCCUGUCAGGGACCCCACUCCUUCCUCAGCUGGGCUUUUGGCUGGCUGUGUGAGGCUGCGGCUACCACCAUAGGGAGACCUUGCUGCUGCCCUUCCUAGGCUGGGCUGGCCCCACCCCCCCCGCCCCCAGGGUGCCCCGAGGCCUGGAGCAGUGCCACCUCCCCUCCUUCAGCAUUAUGCUCUCCAUGCCUCUGGAUCAUGCACUGAGGACUGGGGCUGGGAUUCAGUUCUGAUUGUGUUCUAGUUUGGGUUUCGGUGGCUGGGAAACCACUCAGCAGUGGGUACAGAGACUCUCGGGUCAGGAGAGAGCAGGAUAGCUUCCCACCCACCUGGGGGGCCAGGACUACACUAGGCAUUUGAGGACAGCAGGAGUCUGACUGGCUACAGACUGGCUCUUAAGUGCCAGUCCCAUCCAGGGGGGGCUUGGGAAAGCUUAAGAAGGGGCCUGUUGGCUCCAGGUCCUGUUCCUUGCUUCUCAUCCGUCCUUGUUGCAAUGCCAUCUUAAGUUUUAUUUAUUGAAGUGUUUUUUUUUUUCAGUAAGCAGACUGAGGGGAGUAAGGGGGUACGCUGCCUCCUACUCACCAGUCACCGUGCUCAUCCUGAUGUUUACAUCACCUAGGCUUAACGUAGCACCCAGGGCCCACCACUCCCUGCUGACGGUGAGCUGAUGAGCUGACAAUAUGUAUCCGUAGGCCUUGGGGCCCUCUGAGAUUGGAGGCUAUAACACUCAAAGGCACCCCACCAGCCUCUUUGGUUCUCCCUCCCCCACUUGCUCACUGUCCUGGAACCAACAGGCUGGUUGCUAGAAAUGGGAAAAGGAAAAGUCGUAUCAUUUGGCAGAGGCCCCUUUAUAGGGAGAAAUGUAGGAAUCCUUAGAGAAUGCUGCCAUUGACCACGUUGCCUUCUGUCCCUCCAGCUGACCAGGACUAGGUUCAAGGGGCAGAGCGGCCCCCUCUGAGUUGAUCAUGUGCCACUCCUGAUUUUGGACCUGUUUGGAAAGGGUCCAGACCAAAGUGCCAGGAGCUCAGGCCUUGGUUCCUAGCCACUAUCUAAGGGCCUUCAGUCCAGAUGGUAGAAAGCUGGGGAGCCUGUCUUCACUGGCAUCUUCACCUGAGACACCAAGCCCCACUCCAGGCCCAGGUUCCAGGCAGUAUUCUCCCCCACCCCACGCCGUCCUAUGACCAAAGGCCCCUGGCACAUGUGGGCCAAGCAGGUGUGUGUGAAAGCGAUGUGGCGACCUGUGGACUGCAGUGCGCUUAGCCAGCUCACCUUCCUUCUCUUAGCCCAAGCCCGUCCCUCGCACAGCCUCGCACAAACCACGUUGCCUGGUGGGGCCCUGUGUACUUAAAUAAAGUCGUUCCAAUAGACAUA